AACCACAAACUAUAUGUCUUAACUAUUAUUCAUCUUUUUCAUUUCAUUUAUUUUCUAUUGUUCUCGAUAUUAAAAUAAUAUAUUUAAAUUACUUGUUACUAUUCCAAAGUGCAUCAUAUAAAUUUACCAUAAAAAAUUACGGUCUCUUUUCAAAUAAUUUAUCUGUUAAGUCAUUUUAUAAAAAUGCCGGAUUCUAUUUUAUCGUUAAACCAAAAAUUCAUAGGCCGCGUUUCCUUCAGGAUGGUCGGGAAAGACGGGAAGGUGGAAUCUAAGCGAGAAGUCGUGAAACAGGGAUAUAUGGUUAAGAGAUCACAAAAUAAAAAAAGAUUUACGCCAAUUAAUUACAAGCAAAGAUGGUUCGUGCUGACGAGAUAUUAUCUUGCUUAUUAUGACAGUGAUGGUGAACGACGAAAAGAACGAGGUAGGAUCGCCAUCGAGAGUGUCCACGUGGUAGAAACUGCAACCCUUGGAUCUGGAAGCAGCAGCAGCAACGUGGCUGCCGGCAGCGAAUCUGGAUCCGGAGGCGGGGGUGGUAUACCUCCGGGUCUUCCGUUUCAAGUUGGAUACCGAGAAGCUGGCCAGGAGUACACUCUUUAUCUAUUGGCCGCCAGAGAACAAGAUAGGGCUGAGUGGAUUCGUGCUCUACGUGCAGUGUGCAGCGAAAACCCCGGGCUGUCAGGUCGUUAUCACACCGGACUGUGGAGUGGCAAGCGCUGGUCUUGCUGUCGCUUGUCCUCCCGGUCAGCAGAGGGUUGCGACACUUGCAGCUCGUGGUCGCCACCAAAGCCCUCUUCAAACGCCACAAUAAAUUCCUCGAGUCCUUUAUCGGCUAUUAACACGAUAACGAACACACUUGAAGGUGAUCAGGAGAGACGGACUCAACAGCAGCAACAACAGCCAUCGCCAAUAACAACAACAAUAACCACCACAUUAACCACGACAACUGGAACUGCUGCUGAAGCAAACAAUAAUCCCAUCAUUCAGUCCCAGGCACGAUCAAUUGUUGGUACACCAUCGACGCCGAUAAUGCCGGGUGGAGCGCCCGGAACUCCUUCCUCAAAAGCGAAGGAAAAACUGAUGCUGAGGACCAAAGUUGUGGUGGCUCUGUAUCCAUUUCGUGCAAUUGAGGGAGGAGAUUUGUCAUUGGAAAAGGGAGCCGAGUACGAGGUGCUAGAUGACUCACAGGAGCACUGGUGGAAGGUCAAGGAUGAGCAGGGAUCCAUCGGUUAUAUUCCCAGCAAUUAUGUCAAAGAAAAAGAACUCUUGGGUCUUCAGAAAUAUGAAUGGUACGUAGGCGAUAUGUCGCGGCAACGAGCCGAGUCUCUCCUCAAGCAAGAGGACAAAGAGGGCUGUUUCGUCGUUCGCAAUUCAUCUACCAAGGGCUUGUAUACUCUCUCGCUCUAUACUAAAGUACCCCAUCCUCACGUUAAGCACUACCACAUAAAGCAGAACACCCGAGGCGAAUUUUACCUGUCGGAAAAGCACUGCUGCGGCUCUAUUCCCGAUUUAGUAAAUUACCACCGGCACAAUAGCGGCGGGCUGGCAAGUCGCUUAAAAACGAGUCCUUGUGAUCGACCUGUACCACCUACUGCUGGGUUAAGUCAUGACAAGUGGGAAAUCGAUCCGACGGAGUUGCAUUUGUUGGAAGAACUUGGCUCCGGACAGUUUGGCGUAGUAAGACGGGGAAAAUGGCGUGGGUCUAUUGAUGUUGCUGUUAAAAUGAUGAAAGAGGGUACUAUGUCCGAAGAUGAUUUUAUUGAGGAAGCAAAAGUCAUGACAAAAUUACAACACACAAAUCUAGUCCAACUGUAUGGAGUUUGUAGUAAAGACAGACCGAUAUAUAUUGUUACUGAGUACAUGCGUCAUGGAUCUCUUCUCAACUACCUCCGUCGACAUGAAGCCUCCUUAUCCACUAAUGUCGGUUACCUUCUUGACAUUUGUAUACAGGUCUGCAGAGGAAUGGCGUAUCUUGAAAGGCGUAAUUAUAUCCACAGGGAUCUCGCUGCGCGUAAUUGUCUUGUUGGAUCUGAGAACGUAGUAAAAGUUGCUGAUUUUGGGUUAGCGAGGUAUGUUCUGGAUGAUCAAUACACCAGCAGCGGUGGUACCAAGUUUCCAAUAAAAUGGGCACCACCAGAAGUCCUUAAUUACACGCGGUUCAGUUCAAAGUCAGAUGUAUGGGCUUAUGGUGUACUUAUGUGGGAAGUUUUUACUUGCGGUAAAAUGCCUUACGGGCGUUUGAAGAACGCGGAAGUUGUAGAUAGAGUUCAACGUGGUCUUAUACUUGAAAAACCAAAAGCAUGCGUCAAAGAAGUUUAUGAGGUAAUGAGGAAAUGUUGGGCUCAUUGUCCAGAAGUACGACCGUCAUUUCGCGUUUUGAAAGAACAACUGAUCAACGUUAAUCAGGGUUUAGUUAAUGAUUGACUCAACCUUCUGCGGUGUCUGCGCCUCUCUUUGUCUCCAACAAACUGCACGAUUGUCACACCAAAAUCACCGUCUCCAGGACGAUCGCCUUCUAUCGUGCCGUCAAUAAGUUCAUCGUACAACUCAGCAACGCUUCCUACACCGCGCAAAAUACGUGAGCCCGCUUCGCUGCCAACCUCCAUUGAUUUUCUUCAUUUGUCAUCCUCAUUGUCUACAACAGCAACAACAACAACAACAACAAUAACAGCAACGACAUUAAGUAAAACUAAGAGAGAUGAAAGUACAUCAUCACCAAACAGAACAACUGGUGGUCAGGUGGCUAGUCAGCCGUCCUCGAGUAGUACAUCAAAUGUUUGCGAAAUUUGUAGCAUGUAUGGGCAUCCUUGGAUCGAAAUUUGUAAUGCUAUUCGUGCCACUAAAGGUCAAUGAUUUAUGUUUGUCGAUAGACUAAAUUUAUUACUCAUUAUCAUUAUAAUUAUCAUUAUAACUAUUACUACUAUUAUUAUUAUCAUUAUUAUUAUUAUUUUUAUUACUAUCGUUUAUUCUCUCGUGACUCAUUUUAUUAAUUCUCCAUUGAAAUAAAUAUUUUAUCGCAUUUAUUUUUUUACACGCGGAGAAACAUAUCUUGUAAAAUUAAGUAACUGCAAUUAGUAAUGACUAAUUUAUUAUUAAAUAAUUUAUCAGUUACGUUAUGUAAUAUGUCAUACUGAGAGAUAAUAUUUAUCACGUUUCUGGGUUUAAAAAUUGAGCAACGAAAAAAUAAAUGUUGAUAAAGAAAAAAAUUUAUCAUGACAAAUUGCGACUUCGUCCAUUAUUUUUUUAUCGUGAUUUAAUUUUUUUACAGAAUAAUUAAUACUUGAAAUUAUUAAAUUUGUGAGAUAAAAAAUCAAAAUAAAUUUUUUUUUAAAUGAUAAAUAUUUCGACAACGAAAAAAAAUUAAGUCGCAUUGUAAAAUUAAAUAUCAAUAGCAAUUAUUAUUUUUAUUAGAAUUUCAUUAUUCUUCGUAAUAAUAAAUUUAAAACAAACAACGUCACGUAAUAAUCAAUAACGUAAAAAAAAAAAUACUUAAAUAACGUACGCAAUAAUAGAUUACAGGUAAAUUUAGAUUUUUGCCUUAAUGAGGAUGGAAAAAUAAUUUAAAAACCCGCAUUGUAAAUACUCAUGUGUAAACUUAGUAUUAAUAAAAAAAUCCGAGACGAACGUACACUGAAAAAAAUUAUUUCUUGGUGCGAAAAAUUUUCACUCGUCAAGAAAAUUUUUACUUGCAGUAAGAAAUUUUUUUUAUUAUGAAUUAGACGGAAAUUUUAUUGGGACGAAAGGGGUCUGAGAUAAAAAAAAGAGCAGAUUUUUGUGAUUUUUUUUUUCAGAGUAACGUCGUUAUUAAAAUUCUUAAAAUUUGUGACAUUAUUGAGCAACAUUCCAAGAAUGUUCUGCUAAAUUUUCGUAAAAAAAUAUUGAAAAAUAAGCCAGUGGCAGUGGGGAGAGACGUCAGCUCAAAAAAAGUCUAUGCCGUAGGCAGGAUAACUCAUGACUGCCUCAUCUGAAAUAAAAAAACCAAAAAGAUUUCUUUAAUACAUAAGUUUAUUUUGGAUUUGAACGAAGGAAUAAACAAAAUAUUCACUUUUGAAUUUUUGGUAGAGGUACAAUUAAAGAACUCUGAUUUUUCCCAAAAAUUGCUCCUUUUGUUUAAUUAAAAAAUAAGUAGUUAUUGAAAAAAAAAUCCUUCGUUCAAAUCUAUGAUAAACUUAUGUACUAAAGAAAUCUUUUUGGUUUUUUGAUUUCAGAUGAGGCAAUCAUGAGUUAUCCUGCCUAUGGCAUAGAGACUUUUUUUUUAGGUGACGUCUCUCCCCACUACCACUGGCUUAUUUUUCAAUAUUUUUCUAUGAAAAUUUCUCAGAAUAUUCUUGGAGUGAUGCUUAAUAAUGUUCCAAAUUUUAAAAAUUUUAAUAACGAAGCUACUCUGAAAAAAAAAAUCACAAAAAUCUCCUCUUUUUUUGUUUCUCAGACCCCUUUCCCUUAAAAAAAAUUUCUGUUUUCAUUUCAUAGUAAAAAAUUUUUCUCGCGCCAAGAAAUUAUUUUUUUGUGUAUAAUCUUAAUUCUUUCAGUUAUUAUAUAUAUAUAUAUAUAUUUUUCUUUUUUUAUAAUUUUUAUAAAUAAAUUAAAAUGCAUCGAUGCUUUUUUGUAUGUUCUGUAAAAAUAUUUUUAACUUAAAGAGCAUUUAUGAUUAAGAUGAUAAUGAAAUUAUAAUUAUUAUUAUUUUGACGAUUCAGUGUGUGAUGUUCAGUCUGCAAAAAAUAUUUAAAAAUACUAUUGUAUUUAAUACUUAAGUAUGACAAUUUCUUUAUCUUCCUGACCGUACUUGGUACAGACGGCAGAUUGUUUUUUAUAUUGUUCCAUUUUAGAACAUUUACAUAAAUUUUAUUAACAAUUAAAUUAAAUAUUUACAUAUAUUAAUAUGUUUAUUUGUUGAUCUUUACGUCAAGUUACGAGCUAAUAAAUAAAAUAGUAAAUAAAUAUGUAAGUUUUUAAUAAAAGAAAAAAUAAUUUUGCAUUUUCAACAGUACACAAAAACUUUUUGUUGAGCGAAUGUAACACGGACCUUGUAAAGACAAUAUACACAUAUGUGAACUCUCAACAUUUAAAAGAAGAUGAUAAAUAAAAUAAGAAAACUAGUCGUCAUUAAGGAUGCGGGUCACUGGAUAUUCCAGAUGAUCGCUCCGUUAUUUUCUUCCCUUUGCAUAUCUCUCUCGCGUAUGUGUCCUAAAAAUUAUUAUUGUAAUCCAAUAGAUAUAUAUAAAUAUUAUACAUAUUAAUAUUAUUGUAAUACUUCCAGAAGUAUUAUUUUCAUCAUGCAUUUUCUAGACACACUAGAUUGUAAUAGUUUAUUGGCUGUAUAAUUGUAUUGUUAUGUACUUUUAUUAUGUGAUGAUAUGAAUCUCAACAUAAUGUCUAGAUUUAAAAAAAAAAAUCAAUAAAGCAUAAGAAUUUAACAAUUA